AUGGUGGCGGAGGAGGAGGGCCCACGGCACGAGCCGUACGUUGAUGCCUCGUCCCACGGGACAGGGGGUGGGAUAGCGAACCAAGACAACGUUAACAGCAAGUCGGGGACCGAUGAGACGAUGGACACUGGCGACGAGACAUGCUACUACUAUAUGGCGGGGAGUGGUGAGGUAUACUACGUUGACCCCAACGCGGCGACGCAGGAGGACGGGCUCCAAAUGGAGGAGGAGGAAAAGGAGGAGGUUGCGGCGGAAAGGGAGCAGCAGGCGGAAGAGGGAAAUCUGGAACUGGCGGAAUGCCAAGGUGAGAAGGGUGUAGAAGGCGAUGAAGAGGAUGAACAACAGUUCAUAGAAGGGGCGCAGAAUGAAAAGGAUCAGGGCCAUCGUGAGGAGCAAAACGAAAAGGAAUACCAGGAGCAGAUAAUGAUCAAGGGGAAGGUAGUCAAGGCACUAGUCAGGGAGGAAUCCAAGGCGCGGAAGCGGCUGCAGGAGGACUCUAUGCUUGUGCUUGCUGAUAUCGGCCGUACGUACAGAGGCAUGGCGCGCUGCGUCACGACUCCCGCAAAGGCUGAAAAGGCGCUGCGCCAUGCCGCAAAAAAGUUAGAGAAGGAGGCAACGAAGCAGGGGCACGCCAUGGAGGCGGAGUGGAAGAAGGAAGUCAUGGAGAUAAACCGCACAUUCCGUGCAGAGAUGGAAGCGGAGGCGAAGCGUGCUAAGAAAGCACUGAAAUCUUCGUAG